AUGGACGAUAAUCCAUGGGGUGCCCCUACGCCUACGACACCUUCACCACGACCGAACCAAUCCGACGUAGAUCCGAUACGGUCGCUUCGGUUGAGCGUAGGGGGAGGGGGUGCGUCGAAUGAGAACGAGAACGAGAACGAGAACGAGAACGAGCCUUCGACGAUCAGUAGCGCAGGCUGGGACGCGUCGGAACGGUCGACUGGGGUGGUGGGCAGGGAACACGUGCAACAGGAGAAGGAACGGACCGAAGGGGACGUCGAGGAGAAGGUCGAGCAUGAGCAGGCUGGGGAACAAGCCACACCACCAGCGCCCACAGAGCCAGAGACGAGCUCAACCCGGGACCGCGAAUCAGAGCCGCCAGCCCACGAAGACGACGAGGACAGCGAAGGCUACUCGUCGCCACCACCAGCGAUGGUCAGAAGUGCUUCGAGUCCGCUGGCUGUACCGCCGAUGGAGGAAGGUCCACCGAUGGACGAUUUCGAUGACGACGAAUCCGGCCCCACCCCCAUUGUUCCCGAAGCAGGCGACUACGACGAGGACGACUUUGACGAUUUCGGCGAGGCCGCAGAGCCAGGUGGUGGGGCCGACGACGCCGACUUUGGCGACUUUGGUCAUUUCGGCGACACUCACGAAGGCGACGUGGAUGGCUUCGAAGGCUUUGACGAGCAGCGGUCGCCUGUGCUGCGACCGAGUGCUCCUCCCAUCGCUUCGUCGUCGUUUGCCGCGUUUCAGUCGACCGGUCAUCCGCCCUUGUUGCUCGAGCUGACGAACCCGUCCAAGGCGGCGAUUGCGGAGCAGCUGCACGACUUUUUCGAAGGCGUGUACCCCGGUGCGAGAGGUAUGGUCUCGGACGAACCCGAGCGCCAGGUCGAAGGCGUCGGCCAGGUCUUGGCUUCCGAAUCGACGUGAGUAGUUUGUACUUUGGCCGGCGGAUGCUGUGCUGAUUUGCUGCUUUGAGGAGGCACAGACGGACACUGCUAGCGGGUUUGUCGUCGUUGCCGGCGCUCAAGCCGCUUGACUGGCGGCGGUCUCGCAUUCGGAGGGAGCACCUGAUCACACUCGGUGUGCCCAUCAACCUCGACGAUGUGCGUUGGGUCAGGCAUCCUCCAUUUCAUAUGCCCCUUGUUGAGACAUUAUUUCUUCUACAGACCGCACCCGUCAAGCAGCUCGCGUCGCUGACGCUGCCCCCUCAGCGCUCCCACUCGCCCCACGCGACCCGAUCGCCGACGAGCGCGCUCGCGGCCGGCGGAUCCAUCUCUCGCUCGACGACACCCUUUGCCGAUCGAGAACGCGCCCGAGCGCUGCACCAGGUCCCCAUCCUCGAUCGAAAAUUGGCUGACUCGCUCUUGGCCUUGCGGGAGCACGACCUCGUCGGGCUCGGUCUCGCGGAUCUGCAGCGCAAGGUUGCGGAAAUGGAUCGUGUCACCGAGGAGGCGAGCGCGGCAUUGACGCAUGCGCUCGUGACGCGGGACAAGGAGAGCGGCGAUGCCGAGACGUACAAUGGUAUGAUCCAGGAUCUCGUUGCCGCUGCGGCCAAGACCAAGACGACGUCGGCGGCUGGGGGGAGGAGUUCACCGGCGUUGAGGACCGCAUCGGGGGGGAGAUGGGGUAGGAGUGUGGUCAAGUAG